GUGGCCCGGAAACAGUGUUUUGUAGCAUUUCUCCAGGCGUUUGUCGAUUACUUUUGUCCAUCUUCACUGCAAACAGUUAAGACCGAACUUUCUUACUCUGAUGUUCGAUACGACAAUCCUGGCGAUGCUAUAUCUUUCGUUAGUCUUACUCUUUUUGUUUUUCUCUUUCUUGUUCUCCAUUUUCUUCUUUUUUUUUUCCCUUCUUUACUCCUCUAUUAUCAUAUUCCUCUUGAGUCUUUUCUAUGACCUAAAAGUAUAGAGAUGCUGUAUCGCAACGAUCCACCUUUUACCCU